AUGCUUGUCACCGCCAUCAUGCUUAUCACGAACCUUCAUGCCCUCGUGGCUCUUGUCCCUCUUGUGGCUUCUCUACCUUCGAUGCCCUCGUUUAUGAACCGCCUCAAGUACCUCUCCUCACACGAUGACCAAUGCCCGUACCCGGUCCAUUACAAGAUCACAUCGCUCCAGGUAUGGACACCAAAGAAUGGCAACACCCACCCAAUGGUCAUCGACUUUCAAUACGCAGACGAAGAGACAAAGAUCGCAACGUCUUGUCACUACAAUGGAACUCAGCCCAACAUAGCGCCAACGGGUUUGAGAAGCGCCCAAUAUGCUUGCGAAGACCCAAGCGUGCGUUUCAUAUGGGACACGGAGGAAAGCUCGCUGUCUAUGAUCGAGCUAGCAUGCCCCCAUACACCAGAGUCGGGCAUGGAGGCCUUGGACCAGAUCACCCCUAGGCUCAGCUGCGUCGAUACUAGCAAGUCUACCCCGUUCGGAGAAGGGUCGCAAUGCUUCUCUCUAGACUUUGCCAUCCUCGGGAAUUUCACUGCUCUCGACCCCAUCGAGCCCCCCGGAAAUAACUAG